AUGCUUGGUAGUAAUGAAAGUAAAUACAUUAGAGAAGUAUGGGCAGGAAAUUUGGAAGAGGAGAUGACUUAUCUUCGUGAUCUGGUUGAAGAUUAUCCUUAUCUUGCAAUGGAUACUGAAUUUCCUGGUGUAGUGGCAAGACCAAUUGGCAGCUUUCGUUCUAGUUCAGAUUACCAUUACCAAACUCUCAGAUGUAAUGUUGAUUUAUUAAAAAUAAUUCAACUAGGUAUCACAUUUGCAGAUGAGAAUGGAAAACUACCACAAGAUAUUUGUGACAUGUAUGCUCAAGACUCGAUUGAUCUGUUAACAAAAUCAGGUAUCGACUUUAAGAAACAUGAAGAUUAUGGUAUAGAUGUAGAACAUUUUGGUGAAUUAUUAAUUAGUUCAGGAUUUGUAUUAUUUGAUGAUGUAAAAUGGAUAUCUUUUCACAGUGGUUAUGACUUUGGAUAUUUACUCAAAGUACUUACUUGUUCACCUCUACCACCUGAAGAAAAUGAUUUUUUUGAUCUUUUAAAAACAUAUUUUCCAUGUAUAUAUGAUAUAAAAUACCUUAUGAAAAGCCAUAAAAGUCUUAAAGGUGGAAAGAAUUGGAUCUCAACAUCAGGCUGGUAG